UUAUCGUGAGUAUACAUUUUAUAGAAGGAAAGUCAGGCAGUCGUGAAUUCUUAACUAACUGAGUGAAUUUCAAUGGACGUCUAUCACAAUUUCUCACAUCCCUUUCAAAAUACAGGCGAUAUUGCCUUUCAAGAGCUGGCCGAUUGCGAACUAAAAGACUUGGACAUCAACUACAACGAUCCGUCUUUUGAUUCCGGUCAGUAUAAUGUGGACGGUGGAAUAGUAUAUCCACAGCAUUCGGACAAAUAUCCUCUUAACGUUCCUGCAGAUUUGACUAACCUGCAAUGGUUACAAAACAUGAAUGUUGCAAUUCCCGUCGAUAGAAAUACGUCUGUGAGCCAUCAUAUUGAUGGCGGCAAUGUCAUGGUUGAUCCCAAUACGGCAAUGCCUGUGCAACACACGAAUAUCAAUGGCUGUUGGCCCAGUUCAAAUCAAAUGCAAGUUCAAACAUUGCAUCAACAACAGUUGGCACUAAGACGCGAUAAGCCAAAGAAGACAACCAAUGUUCCCAUAUCAGCUAAAGAUGAUAAAAAUUAUAAAGAAAAAAAUUAUCCAAAGCCUGUGUUUAGCUACUCCUGUCUUAUUGCAAUGGCCUUGCAAGAUAGCGAUGCCGGAACACUGCCUGUCAGUGAAAUCUAUAAAUUCAUGCAAUCAAAUUUUCCAUAUUUUAAAACAGCUCCUGAUGGUUGGAAGAAUUCUGUGAGACAUAACUUAUCACUAAAUAAAGCAUUCUGCAAACUUGAAAGACCCCAGGGAACUUCACAACGUAAAGGAUGUUUGUGGACCUUGAAGCCUGACAGAAAGGAACAAAUGUUUAAGGAAAUAAAGAAGUGGAAAAAAAAGCAUGCAGAGUCAAUUAAAGCCAGCAUGGCUAGACCAGAAGAAUUUUUCAUAUCAAACGAUGAUUUGGAUGUCAAGCAGUAUCCUAAGAUGCCCUCCAAUGAUCAGUUAGAACAUGCUGCAGCAGAUGCUGCUAAAGAUCUAUUUGGAAAUGGAAUGCAAUUUGAAGAAAUUCCUUCUGAAGCAUUCUGGGAUGACAUAAUGUCAUCAUCCUCUCCUGAUAGCUUAAAGUAUGUUGAUCCAAAUUUUAUCAACAAUGUUGCUGUUAAUAACCAAGACACAGGAUACCCAAAUGAAAUUACUUCUACUGUUGAGGUGGACUCUUCUGCUCAUUAUUAUACAAAUGAAUACAAUAAUCACUUGCCAAGUGUAGGUAAUGUGUACAGCUACAAUAAUAAUAGUAUAUACCAACAGGCUGUAGGGUACUAAUCAUUACUGCCUAUAAUUUGGUGUAUACAGUUUUAGGAAAUCUUAUUUAUUUCAAUUGUGAUAACUUAUGGACCUGAAGAUAUAAAGUUAAAAGUUCACCUUUUACAUGCAUUCGUCACUAACAUUGCUGCUAAAUUAGUGAGGGAUUAGUUUAAAUUUGCUGCAAGAUGUUUUGUGUAUUGUGAAACUUUUUGAGAUUUUUUUUAUCAAAUAAGUGGAUACAAUUGCUGCAUUGAACAGCUUUGUCUUUCACCUUAGAGAGAGAGAGAGAGAAAGCUCUACUUUGUAAGUUGUAUCUUGAACAUGUCAUAAGGACUUAUUUUUUGGAUCAUUUUUGUUUUCAAGAUUUUCAAUCUUUUCUAAAAAAUAAUCUAGAAUGCGUUUCCCACUCAGGAUCUUCAUUCAUUCAAUGUUUGGUGUUGUUUAUUUAAUAGUUAAAAUAACAUUUUAAAGAAAUAUCUACGUGUACGCAGCGGUAAUUUAUGUCAUUAGUUGUAAAUAUUCUUUCAUGAACACAACCAAAAGACACAUAUUUGUUGAGUAGUAAUAUAUUGUUUUAACUAUUUGUAAAAAUGUAAAUAGGUUUACUUUUAGCGAUUACUAUUUUACUUAUUUUAAUUUAAUAAACUAAUUCGUUGGAUGUACUAA